UCACAGAAACCCCUGUCAAUCCUCAUAUCAGGCGCAGGCAUUGCGGGUUCCUCGCUAGCUUUUAUGCUUGCGAGCCAUCCCUCAUUCAACCUCAAACCGGUCGUCACGCUUGUUGAGCGCUCCACCGAGCCACGCACCACCGGCCAGGCGAUCGAUAUCAGGGGUCCUGCGGUGGGCGUGAUUCGCCAGCUUGGUCUGGAGCAGAAGAUUAAAGAGAGACACACGACAGAAGUCGCAGCUGCGUUUCUGAACUCCCAGGGAAAGAUAAUCGCCCAACUUGACUCUACCGGUGAUGCCGAUAAGCAGAAUGCGACCAGUGAAUUCGAGAUCCUGCGCGGCGAGUUGGCGGGGUUGCUGCUUGAUGAGGUGGAGAUUGCAAGACAGACCAAGGGGGCGGCGGUGAAUGUUGUGUAUGGUGAGAGCAUCAAGUCGCUGACAGAACAAGAUGAUGGCGUGGCAGUGCAGUUCAUGAACGGGAAGGUUGACGCGCAGAAGUUUGAUGUCGUUGUUGCGGCUGAUGGGAUCUUCUCGAAGACGCGGUCGAUGAUCUUUGGCAAGGACGACUCUCCGGACUUCAUAAAGCCUUUGGGGUUGUACGUUGCCUUCUUCACUGUGCCACGUAUCGAGCAGGAUGACGAUAUCUGGCGUUGGUAUCCAGCUGCUGGCGGCCUGGCCAUGCACUUGCGGCCACAUCGCAGCAAGAAGACCAUGGGCGUCUAUCUGAGCAUCACCGCCCCAAAGAAAGAGCGAAUCCCAGAGAUUGACGAAGUGCUCACCAAGGAUAUCAACGCACAAAAAGCCAUGAUACGCGAGCGAUUUCAAAAUGUCGGCUGGCAAAGGGAACGAUUCCUUGCUGCCAUGGAUAGCGCUGACGACUUCUACGUGCAAAACACAUCCCAAGUCAAAACACCGCAAUGGACUAGAGGUCGUUCUGUCAUCGUGGGUGACGCAGCGUUCGCUAUCAUGGGCAUAGGAACUAGUCUUGCCAUGAUCGGUCCCUAUGUCAUGGCCGGCGAGCUGUCGAAAAUCACUUCCAACGAUGCUGCUGAGGUCGCCGCGGCGCUGCAACGAUACGAAGACAUUUUCCGGCCAUACGUUCAGAAGAACGACACCAUGCCGCCAAUGUUCCCCCAAAUGAUGAAUCCGCAGACGAAGAUGGGUGUGAGGAUGCUC